UGUACAUAUAUACACACAUAACCAAAUGUACAUAAUUUAUACACACGACACAGAGUGCGCCCAAUGUUAUAGAGCAUGUAAUACGCACACUCACGGAAAGCACCUAUACACGAACAGAAUUGACUAUGUUGUUGAUAUGACCAUUCUGUGAAAUGUCUCCAGUGGCCUGUCGUCCUGCCCUUCAGUUUUUUCAAGUAGGAGCCUAAGGAAGACGUGGUCUCCAUGCGGAUUUAGACCCUGGCGAGCCUCAACGCGGAACCAAAGAAUGAGCGAAAUCGGUUGCAGUGGAGGUUUAUUUACACCAAGACACACACCUCUUCACUUUGGCCACACAGACCUGGGGAAAUGUUUUGCCAACGUACUCGCGAUAGUUCCCAUGGUUUCCUUUGCUCCCAGCGGUUGCGCGGGCUUGGUUUUUGGAGCAAAGACAACGGAUACUGCUGAGGCUCCUGAGAAUGUGCCGUUUUCGAAGCUGCAGUAGCUCCAGUGUCCUGUUCUGUAGUGCCAAGAGGGAGGCCUCGGGCUCCGGGGAGGAUGUGUUGCAGUUCGUCCAAGAGCCCCAAGGCCAGCAAAGCCUCCCAUUCUCCGCUGGGGAGAAGCUCUCGCUGGAACGCUUGCUCUCUGACUGGGGAAUGGAAUGGGCUCAGUCAAGGCUCCCAAAACCAGCCCUGCUGCUCCCACUUGUGGUCCCAUUCUCAAGAGCGGCUCUCUGCGCCGCGGGGCAUGACUUUCGCUUCUGCCUCCUCGUGCGCCUAUUGCGGCAACUACUCACGCUCCUGCGGGACGAGGACAGGGAGGUGAGCCCGUGGCAGAGGUGA